CGCGCUGUGCAGGGUAGGGCGAGGGUCUGGCGGCGGGAGCGCGGAGCGGCCGUAAGAGCCCCGGCGGGGCCGCGCCUGAGUCCGGGACAGCGAGGGGAUCCCCCUCCGGGGCACAAGGACCGUCAGGAUGAGGCUGGUGAGGAAGGACCUGGAGAAGGACAACGCGGGGCAGGUGACGCUGAUCCCCGAGGAGCCCGAGGACAUGUGGCACACGUACAACCUGCUGCAGGUCGGGGACAGCCUGCGCGCCUCCACCAUCCGCAAGGUGCAGACUGAGUCGGCUACGGGCAGCGUGGGCAGCAACCGCGUCCGCACCACGCUCACCCUCUGCGUGGAGGCCAUUGAUUUCGACUCGCAGGCCUGCCAGCUGCGCGUCAAGGGCACCAACAUCCAGGAGAAUGAGUACGUCAAGAUGGGCGCCUACCACACUAUCGAACUGGAGCCCAACCGGCAGUUCACGCUGGCCAAGAAGCAGUGGGACAGCGUGGUGCUGGAGCGCAUCGAGCAGGCCUGCGACCCGGCCUGGAGCGCCGACGUGGCCGCCGUGGUCAUGCAGGAGGGGCUGGCCCACGUCUGCCUGGUCACCCCCAGCAUGACGCUUACCCGCGCCAAGGUGGAGGUGAACAUCCCCCGGAAGAGGAAAGGGAACUGCAGCCAGCACGACCGCGCUCUGGAGAGGUUCUACGAGCAGGUGAUGCAGGCCAUCCAGCGGCACGUCAACUUCGAGGUGGUGAAGUGCGUCCUGGUCGCAAGCCCGGGCUUCGUGCGGGAACAGUUCUGUGACUACAUGUUCCAGCAGGCAGUCAAGACUGACAAUAAACUUCUGCUGGAGAACAGGUCCAAGUUCCUACAGGUCCACUCUUCCUCAGGACAUAAAUACGCUUUGAAGGAAGCACUCUGCGACCCAGCCGUAACCAGCCGCCUUUCUGACACUAAGGCAGCUGGUGAGGUCAAAGCCCUAGAUGACUUCUAUAAAAUGCUGCAGCAUGAGCCUGACCGGGCUUUUUAUGGCCUGAAACAUGUGGAAAAGGCCAAUGAAGCCAUGGCCAUUGAUACCCUGCUGAUCAGUGAUGAGCUUUUUCGGCACCAGGAUGUGGCUACGCGUGCCCGAUAUGUUAAGUUGGUAGACAGUGUGCGGGAGAACACGGGCACAGUGCGCAUUUUCUCCAGCCUUCAUGUGUCUGGAGAGCAGCUUGGCCAGCUGACAGGGGUGGCAGCCAUCCUGCGCUUUCCUGUGGCUGAGCUCUCUGACCAGGAGGAUGAGUCUAGCUCUGAAGAGGAUUGAUGACAGUGACUUCAUUCCACAGUUUCCUUUCCAUGUCAUGCUGAAAUGACAUUGAAGGCGCUCCCUUCCUAAAUACUGUGUGCAGAUGUUCCAUGACAUGUAAUUAUAAGUUUUCAGUAGUAUACACAUAAAGUAUGUAGCUCUGCUGAGCAUACUACUUGAUAUCUGUUCUAUAAUGUGUGUUGAAGCAGACUGGUUUUUGCAAGUUACAUCGCAAACCUCCAGCAGUAUAAGAAACUAAUUUGGCUCCCCAAAGCUGCUUAGUCUGUAUAUUAAGGCAGACUGGUAGCUUAGUGGAGUGUUUAUGAAAAAAUAAUAAACUAAGAGGGAGAAAUUCGUGUCAGACUAUUUCUGUUCAAGUGCUUGAAAAGACUAUUGAAAAACAAGUGUAAACUUCUUCAGGCAAGACCUAUCAAAACUGUGCUUGAUCUUCUUAGGAAGUUGCCAUUCUUCCUAGAAUGUGUCAAGGGAAUGGGGUCAGCAUCAUUUCUUAGGGCUUUUUGUGGUGUUAUGAGUCUAACCACUUAAAUAUUUCUGUGAAACACUUGAAGCAGUCUUUCAGAAAUCAGAUCCUUUAAGUUUUUCCCAAACAUGAUAGUAGAUGCAAGAGAAAUGGUGACUCUCAGUCACACACUUAAGUUACCUUUUUGAAUCCUGUUACCUUGUGAGAUUGUCCUAAAGCCUAACAAGGUAUCAUUGACUGUAUUUUGCUAAAUUGGCAUUUUUUAGCAGCCAGUUCUGAGAAAGUGUAUGAAAAGGCUUACAAAAGCUGGACCCUAGUUUCCAUGAGGACUCUUUUGACAACAAACACUUUAGUUAAUGUCAUAAUCUGGUAUUUUUCUGUUUAGGUACCUCUUUAAAAAUACACAUAAGAUGUGAUACAGAAAUUAAAGUUAUGAAAUUAUAAAUCAGAUUUCAUCCUAAAAUAAUGGCAACUGUAAAAGUCAAAAUUACUUCUUCAGUUAUUAGAUCUGCUAAAAGUAUUGAGAGCCACAAAGAGUUUUGUUUCUUCACUAGGCAAUAAAUCUUAGGCUGAGGAAGCAGAAAUUGUUUUCAGAUUCAGACAUAACCUGUGAGGGAAUUGUUUCAAACCAGUGUUUGAUGGUGUGGUUUCUGUGUGUAAAUAAGGAUUCCUUUUUUAAAUGUGGUGCAAGGUGGAUAACAGGAGCUGUGGAAGACUUCUGAAAUAUGGAAAGUGACAUAACAGUGGAACUCUAAAAAUAAAACCACUGAAACUCUUAGUCUGGGUAUAAUAGUUUUAGGAAAUUAUUUUUAAGGGUAGUCCUAUAUGUUGAUGGGUGCCAGUCCUCUGCAGUUAAUACUAUUUAUUGUUAGCUGAAAACUCAGUCUAAACUUCUUAAUAGAGAACUGCUUUUGAGUUAAAAGCCAUCUUCCCUUUUCCCACCAUCCACACAAUCUUAAGGAAUUCAUGAACAGAACUUAUAUUAGAGCUGUAGCCCUGUGAUUCUUCUUUCUCUGAAGACAAGCAAGCCCAUUGAAACAAUUGUUUACAUUGUUUACAUUUACAUUUACUUCCAUUCAAAUUGGUAGUAUACCACAAAUUCAUAGUUUAUUUCUCAGCAAAUUGAGAGACAGAUCAGACUAUUCUUUGGCUGUGGAAUGGGUUGCUGUUUUACCAGACCAAACUGGUUCCACUUAUUCCAUUUUAAGCCAGAAAUUAUGAAGAGUUUUUGCUGUACUGCAAAAUUACAAUGGCAGUUUUGUGUUUAGUGCCUGUAGUGUAUCAUCCAGGAAAAGAAGCAGCCAUUUUGUUGCAUAUUUGUUCUAAGGUAGAACUGCAAACAUCUGGUAAGAAAACGUGAAAAUAGUGAUUCUUUGAAUUAUUUACACUUAGAGAUAAAAUUCUGUCCUGACUUUACAUUUUGUGUAUUUUUGUUUUUUUAGUUAUUCCUAUCAUGUCACUAAGUCUCUGAAAGAAAUACAUGUGGACUUGCCCAAAGUAUGGAAGGGUGGGACUUUUUUUUUCUGGUAGCCAUUUUUGUAGUAAAAUAAAUAUACAAUCACUAUGUAUACAAAUGCAUCCUGUUUCAGGAAACAGCUUAAGGACUUGAUAUUGAAAGUAGGUUGUGUUUAGUAGUUGCAGAUGCUUGACCUGGCCAAGUUCCAGAGUUGCUACUAUAUUUCACGUUUCAAGGAGUUUUGAUUAGUUGAAAAGUCUAUAUUGACAGACUUUCUUAAUGCAGACCUUAGCAUAUGUGCUCAGAUGACACUUUCACAGAAGAUGGAUGCUAUCUGCAGAUUAAAGGAGGAAGUGCUAGAGCCAUGGGAAAAUAUUUUUGUGUCCAUUGUUUGAAACUAAAGGUGCAUGAACUGAAAACAAUAUUUAAUGAUUUUGAAGUGUCUCAGUUUAGUUUCUGAUUACAUUCUGACAUAAUUCUGUGAAUUAGUAAUAUGGUUUAGCUUCCAGUUUUUCACUUUUCAAAGUAAAUAAAUACACAUUGUAGGAUUUCUUAAAGCUUGUUACAUUUGGUAGGAAGAAAGCUUUAAAAAGUGAAAUCAGAUUGAUACUGAACCCUGCUGUGCUCUACAGUGAUGCGAAUAAAUUUAUUUUAGGCCAUAAUGCCUCUAAUAAUGCCUACUUUGGAGCAGGCCCCAGUUUCUUUUGUCAUUUCUGGCAUUUGAAUCUGUUUAUCAUUAUAUAAUUUUUUGUGGUUGUUUACCAACUAAAGUUUGGUGCAAAAUGUGAGGUCACCACCAGCUACAGACCAAAAUAAUCCUAUUAGUUAAAAAGCAACAUAAAAGAUUAAUCUUCCAGUAAAACUUCAAAGCAUUCAACAUCUCCCUUGUUUUGUCUUCACCCUUGUGUAAGUAAAAUGCUAGUAGUAAAUUAUCUUUGGACCACUCCCUGACCACCAAUGUAACAAGAGCCCAUAGCUCUUCAGCUUAAUUUGUGAUGGAACUAGGCUUGAUGGUUUUAAAGCCAUAUGAAUAAAUGUCUGAGGUAAUUUUUCAUUAGCUACUGUUCUCUCAUAGGUUAAAUAGCCCUGAAUUUUAAAAUUAACCUACCAUUUGAAAAUCUCGGUUUAACUUCUGGGCUGCUGACCUUGGUUUGCCUAUUUCUGUGGAGGUAUAUUAUACCUCAGUUCUCAUUUGACUGAUUUAUGUCUUGAGCCUCUCCAGUUUCUUUCUGUAAGCUGCAUUAUCCAUCCAGAAAAGUGUGCCUCUAUGCAUGUGAUCUCUUGUAGAUCACCUAUUCCAUUCAAAUUUUUUUGAGAUUUUCAUAGCUUUAUUUUUAAAGAAAACAAGCCUGUUUCAUACAGGAGUACUUACCUAGUUUUGCCGGAAAGAAGAAAAAACAACCACAUAUUCUCAGAAUGUUUAUGCUGGUUUUUUGUGUGAAGGCACAUUUCUACAGUGUGUGGUCUAUUUCUUCUACAAAAGAUCUGAGAAAGCAAUUUUUAAAAUGUGGAACAGCAAUUAGAAAGUCUGCAAUUAGGAAUCCUUGUUUAUAACAUAAAAUUAGAAUUCCUGCAAGACACAUAAUAACAAAAAAAUGAAGGAAUGACUUCAAAAAACUACUUAUCUAUGUACUUUUUAGAUACAGCAGAACUUCAGACUUGAUUUUUUUUUCCUUGGUCUCUGAUAUACCAGUUGCUUUUAUCAGUUCCCCACCCCCUCUUUUUUAAAAAAAAGAUUAAAUGUUUCUUUUAGAAUUAAGUUCUUAAAGGAGCUAGGUGCAUCUGAGGUGGUUUAGGUGGAUAAAAAAAAAAGUUUCUUCAAGCUCUGCUAAUGGGGGAAAUGAUACAGAUCUGGCAAUCAUUCCCUUCUCAGUUCCUGUUCACUAUACACCUGUAACUUGUUACAAGGUGAAUGAUAAAAGUUUUGAUUCUUUAAGAACUUAGGGUUUCUUAGUUCUGAUUUGAUUUAGCAGAUAGUAGGCAGAGAACGGUUGAUAGGGCUUUAUUAGAUUAUUUUUUAGUAUCUCUGUUUCUUUUGUAAGAGCCACAACUUGCUUUUAGACUGUUUUAAUCAGAUUUGGUAUGGAAAAAUAGUAUUUUGAAAACUCAUUGUUCUGCUAAUUUAGGGUUAAGAAAAUGCUUAACUAGUUUAGUCUUGUGAUUAUUAGUGUGAUUCUUAAAUCAGGCUCUGACGUGGGUUGAGCCUGAGCUUUUUCAGCAGUAGAAAGAGUAAACAUAGGCUGUGGAGCUUCUUGUGUGACAGUUGCCCAAAGACUUGCUGAAUAAGUGUAAUGUUUAGUCCUGCCACAUUUUUCAUGCUUGACUCAAGUAGGGCAUUGACUUGGAUUUGAGGAUAACUGCUUGCACGAUAGAGAAUAUAAAGAAAAGAAACGUCUUCAGUCUAACAACGAAACUGCAUAUGCUCUGUGAACUUCUGGACUUGACUGUUUUAGAAAUCCAGUAUAGCUUUUCUGUGAAAAAAUUGUCUCCUAAGGUGCCUUAGCCUAAAAUAAAGCAUGAGGAAAAGGUCUCUGAAAUUAUA